UGAGACUUGCUGCUGUGUGUUUUGAUUGUGGUUUCGUAGUGUCCCGCAGUUUCGAGAGAAGAGCAACCUUGUAAUUCACGGAUGAGUGUUAGCUGGCGUCUGGUUCUUGUUGUGGAAGCAGUUCCAGACGUUUAGUCCCCUUCAUUUUUCUUGCUUUACUGUGAGGUUGGAUACUACUAGUAGCUGGACGGAUGUUCGUAUAAUGGAUAGAAAUGGGGUGUUGCUGCUCCAGUAGUUCCGGCGACAAGGGGACUGUUUCGGGCAAGGAUCGUGGACAUUCAGCAGCUCAACCUGAAUCACAACCCGGUGGCCAUGGUCUUCAAGGCAGGAGUUUGCCAAGCGCGCCCCAGCAGAGUGCAACGCCAGCAAACAAAGCCAAUGUCUUCAUAGGACUGUAUGAUUAUGAAGCCCGCACAGACGAGGACCUUAGCUUUUCUAAAGGAGAGCUCUUGGAGGUCCUAAACAACACAGAUGGAGAUUGGUGGCAAGCCAAAUCCACAGUCACUGGCAAGACUGGGUAUAUUCCCAGCAACUAUGUGGCUCAACAUGAUUCGAUGAAGGCACACGAUUGGUUCUUUGGACCCAUCAAGCGUGCUGAUGCUGAGAAGAAGCUUCUCGCACCCGGAAACCCUCACGGCACCUACCUCAUCCGUGAGUCUGAGUCACAGCCCGGGAACUUUUCCUUGUCCAUCCGCGAGCAUGACUCCGUCAAGCAUUACCGUAUCCGGACGAUGGACAACGGUCAUUAUUUCAUUGCAAGUAGAGCAGUGUUCCCAACGUUAGCUGAGCUCGUCGAGCACUACAAGGGAACUUCUGAUGGAUUGUGCACACGGCUGACGCAGAUCUGCACUGAUGCAGCACAGCCUCAAACGCUUGGCCUGUCCUACAACACUAAGGAUCAAUGGGAAAUCCCUCGCACUCAAAUUCAGCUGAAGAAUCGGCUUGGUGCUGGACAGUUUGGUGAGGUCUGGGGCGGUCUUUGGAACGGAACAACGCAGGUGGCUGUAAAAACCCUGAAGCCUGGUUCUAUGUCUCCUGAAGCCUUCUUGGAGGAGGCCACACUUAUGAAGCAGCUUCGGCAUGAGAAGCUCGUUCAGCUGUAUGCAGUAUGUACACAGGAGGAGCCAUUGUACAUCAUUACCGAGCUUAUGAAGCAUGGUUCUCAACUCGACUAUCUCCAAAAGGGGGAAGGACGCUUCCUCAAGAUCGAAGCGUUAGUUGACAUGGCAGCGCAGGUUGCUGCUGGUAUGGCUUAUCUUGAGCAACAGAACUACAUUCACAGAGAUUUGGCUGCCCGUAAUAUUCUUGUUGGUGAGGGCAACAACUGCAAGGUGGCUGAUUUUGGACUUGCUCGUGUCAUUCAAGACGAUGAGUACUGUGCCCGAGAAGGAGCCAAGUUCCCCAUCAAGUGGACGGCACCAGAAGCUGCGUUAUACAACCGCUUCACAAUCAAAUCUGAUGUUUGGUCCUUCGGAAUUCUGCUCUCAGAAAUCAUUACGUAUGGACGUGUUCCCUACCCUGGAAUGACCAAUGCUGAAGUGCUCACAAAGGUGGACCGGGGCUACCGUAUGCCUCAACCUCCGGGUUGCCCUGAUCCAUUUUAUCAAGUCAUGCUAGACUGCUGGCGUCCCGAGGAAAUGGAACGGCCGACCUUUGAGUACUUGCGAUACCGUUUAGACGACUACUUUGUCUCCUCAGAAGGUCCCUAUAAAGAAAUGUAAUACCUCUCUCCAGAUUUUCACCAGUCUUCUGCUUCUUGUCUUCUUAUCUGUCUUACCGGCUUUUUCCAUGAAACAUAAUGACCUGCCUUGACGAAUAUAUAUUUUGGCUACUUCAUGUCUACUUGUUCUACUGUAUGAUAAUUGGCCAACCCGGCUCUUCUGUCCGUGAAUAUACAAAAAAAAGCUGACACUCAAUACAUUGUAUAGUUGGCGAGGGCCAGCGCCUAGGGGUCAUUCUGUCUUCUUACGUUCCGAGGUGGGCUUAUCUCUGUGUUAGGCAGAAAUAGUCCAAACUGGACAGGUCAAGCCUGCAUAACGAUAAUUGACUGUUGGUGACAUGCUUGAGAUUGAAGGGCCAGAAUUCGCAUGAACACCAGCUCAGCUUGAAUAGCUUGACACUGUCCGCAUGCUAUUCUUUUUGUCGCCAAGUAAUCCUAUCUGUAGGAUUGGCCUUCAAACCAGGUACUUUACUCUUCUGUGCAAGUCAUCCAAUAUCAUCGCAGAUGUCUACCCCACACAUGUAUAUCAAGCUGGACAGGUGCCAUACCAAGUCCAAAUCCUAUACUAUUAUAAUACAGUAGAGUCUCACGCUCAAGAACGUUGUUUCCAAGGGCGUUCUUAUUUUUCUUAUUUGGCGAUUUAUCACGUUCUUACUAUAUAGACAAUCCGUACUGGUCGGUUUCUUCUUACUUUGAUGUAGCAUUUCAGGCUGGACUUUCUUGGCGUGCGACUGCACAGGAUUUUGAAUGCAUGUCUUUUGAACUUUGA